UGUCAUCCAGUUGUGUUAUGUUGGAGUAAACACAAACUCCUCCUUCCCGGUGACAGGCGGCAACACUGAAGCAUCGCCUCGCCUUUUCCAACACAAUCUGCGCUCAGGACUUUAUGUCGGUACCAUCAAGGUGGAGAGCAGCAUCCUUUUAAGGCUAGCAGUGCCAGGCUGGCUGCUGCUGCUCCAUGAGCCCCUGGAAGUGAAGCGCUGAGACCCACAUCUGACCGCUGCCUGGAUCCAGGGACGUCUCUCCUCGCUGGGCCGUGAGAGCAGACCUCACCCCCCCUACUUCCAGCUUCUGUCCAACCUCUCACUGAAGACGACAAUGUGACUUCUGGACUCUUCCAGAGCCAUGUGACCUGCUAUUAUGGAUCGGAGAAUCAGCAUACAUUGAAUCAACACUCAUCCAGUCACAAUGGUCCCGCUUCUGUUUUUGGUGGCAACCACAACAACAUCCAAUUCCACCAGCAAUGGCAACCAUACACAAGAAGACGUUUCAUCCCCCAGCCACCACAUCCUCCCCACCGUGCUGGUCCUGUCCCUGCUGCUGCUCAUCUUCGCACUGCUAGCCUGGUACUUCCUCAGGGUAAGAAACCAGAGAAAAGCAGUCGUCACAACAGUUGACAAGAAAAUACCAAACGGCAUCCUGGAGGAACAAGAGCAACAGACGGUGGUCCUUCUGCCCAGAUCCCCUUCAGCCUCGAAGACCUACUUCCCCAUCCCAGUGGACCACCUCGAGGAGGAGUACAGGCUCCGCUCAGCCGACGAUGGCAAGCUCUUCAGGGAGGAGUACAAUUCCUUGCCGGGGGGUAAUGCCAACGGGACGUAUGAGGAGGCAAACAAGGACGAUAACAAGGAGAAGAACAGAUACCCCAACAUCCUUCCCUAUGAUCAUUCCAGAGUGGUGUUGACUCAGCUGGAUGGAAAUCCCUGUUCAGACUAUGUGAAUUCUUCUUACAUUGAUGGUUACACGGAAAAGAACAAAUUCAUAGCAGCGCAAGGUCCAAAAGAAGAAACCGUAGCAGAUUUCUGGAGGAUGAUAUGGGAGCAGAAAGUAGCGACUGUUGUCAUGCUGACAAAUCUGAAGGAAAGGAAAGAAGACAAGUGUUACCAGUACUGGCCAGAUCAGGGCUGUUGGACCUACGGGAACGUGAGGGUGGCAGUAGAAGACUUCACCGUCCUUGUGGACUACACCAUCCGCAAGUUCUGUAUACAAUAUCAAGCCAGCGAUGCGGCUAAGACUCCCAGGCUGGUCACCCAGCUCCACUUCACCAGCUGGCCUGACUUUGGAGUUCCCUUCUCCCCCAUCGGCAUGCUCAAGUUCCUCAAAAAGGUCAAGACAGUCAACCCUCCCUUCGCUGGGCCUAUUGUGGUCCACUGCAGUGCUGGUGUGGGGAGGACCGGAACCUUCAUCGUAAUAGAUGCCAUGAUCGACAUGAUGCACGCAGAGCAGAAAGUUGACGUGUUUGGGUUUGUCGCUAAGAUACGAGAGCAGCGCUCGCAGCUCAUACAGACAGAUAUGCAGUACUCGUUCAUCUACCAGGCCCUGCUUGAAUACUACCUCUACGGAGACACGGAGCUGGACGUGUCGUCUCUGGAAGGACAUCUGCACAAACUGCACAACACCUUCACAAACGGUGACCGGGUCGGCCUUGAGGAAGAGUUUAAGAAACUGACCAACAUGCGAAUAAUGAAGGAGAACAUGAGAACGGGGAACCUUCCUGCUAACAUGAAGAAGAACAGAGUUCUGCAAAUUAUUCCAUAUGACUUCAACAGAGUAAUUCUCUCCAUGAGAAGAGGUCAGGAGUUCACCGAUUACGUCAAUGCAUCUUUUAUAGAUGGCUACAGACAGAAGGACUACUUCAUUGCGACCCAGGGCCCUCUGACACACACAGUGGAGGAUUUCUGGAGAAUGGUGUGGGAGUGGAAAUGUCACUCCAUUGUCAUGCUCACUGAGCUCCAGGAGAGGGAGCAGGACAAAUGUUGUCAGUACUGGCCUGCAGAGGACUCUGUCACCUACGGAGAUUACACAGUAGAGUUGAAGGGAGACACUUUGUGUGACACCUUCAGUCUACGAGACUUGGUACUCACCUUUAUCCCGGAGAAGCAGACGAGGGUGAUCAGGCACUUCCACUUCCAUGGCUGGCCAGAGAUCGGCAUCCCGGCCGAGGGGAAAGGCAUGAUCGACAUCAUCGCCUCAGUGCAGAGACAGCAGCAGCAGUCUGGGAACCAUCCCAUCGUCGUACACUGCAGUGCUGGUGCAGGGCGAACAGGUACGUUCAUUGCACUGAGCAAUAUCUUGGAGCGAGUCAAGGCAGAAGGCCUGAUGGACGUGUUCCAAACUGUGAAGAGUUUACGCAUGCAGAGGCCUCAUAUGGUCCAAACUGUGGAACAGUAUGACUUCUGCUACAGGGUGGUACAAGACUUUGUUGACAUUUUCUCAGACUAUGCCAAUUUUAAAUGACGAGAUUUGCCUUAAACAUGGUUUUUAAUGUUGUUUUCUAAAGCUGGUUUGUCAGUUUUAUGGGUUUCUUUAACUUGGUCAAAUGAUCUAUUUUGCUAUGCACUUGUCCCACCAUUAACUCCAUCCUCGCUGUAAUAUACUGUAUGUCAGUGGAUGAAAAUUGUAAAUGGAAAAAAAGUUAGAUUAAUAAUGUAUAUUUCACAUCAUGUAUUAUAAUUAUUUUUGUCAUGAAGUGUUGUUUCAAACUUGGUCUCUUAUUUCAGUUAUGUUGUAUGAUACUGUACUUUAAAUGUUUAUCUAAGUGUUAUUUUGGAUUGACCACGUAAUAUUUUUAAAAGUUGUAGUUAUUGUAAAUGUAUUUAUGUAUUGACGAUGACAUUCCACUCGAGUUUGGAGAAGACGGGAAUGUUGAGUUGGUUUUGUUUGUUUGUUAUUUUAAUGUUAAGAUACAGCACAUCAUUCCACUUAUUGACUUCUAUCUGAGAUUAGAGGAGAUAUUUAAACUACAUGCCCAUCAUUAAUGCGAUACUCUUUCCAAUGGAAAUAAUGUUGAAAAAAAAAGAAGAAGAAAUGAAAUCACUUUAGCCAUAAUGCAGACAACGUAAAGUUUUGCAACAGAGGCAGAAGUUACGACAGCGAGGUUGAUUUCCAAUAUGGAUUCAGGCAAAAGUUCCACAAAGUCAUGAAAUACCAUUUUGUACCUCAAAAAAGUGGUAUGCAACUGCAUUUAAUAUGGAUGUAACAGUCUGCCUUUUGUCCGUAGACAGCAAAAAGUAUUUUGCUAAAACGACUGCACAUUAAAAAGCACAUAUACCGAAGCCAAGAACCUGCAAUAUUCAAGAGUAUGUUUAUUGCUUUAUUUGUAUUAUAGAUUUUUCACAAAUCCGUGCCAUAUGUACUUUUUUAAGACAUGGAAAAGUAGAACAACCCUAAGGUGAAGGCUGAGCACUGAGAGGUUGAUUGUAGUCGCUAAAUGCAGUAGAGUCAAUUUCAUGACAGCCUGUGUCGGAUGCAGUUACCACACAGGACCGUAUUUAAAGAGGAACAUUAGGUGGCAAAAACCACAAUACACAUGUGGUGCUUCAGUGCCUGCUUAAUGCCAGAGCAACAACAACAAAAAACAUGCCAUACUAUCAAUGUUCAGUUAUCUUUUUGAAUACAUGGGUUUGUUUUUAAUUUUCAUUGGUCAAAAUGAGGAAGCAGUAUAUUUCAUAGAGAAGCAUCUAAUGGUAGUUUAAUUCAUAAGAAAUUAUUUGAAUGUGAAACAGCUUUUCUGUGCAUUUCUUCUGAAGCAGUAAA